AUGGGAGACGAUUUUCCAUAUACCUUAACAGAACUUGGGACCAAAGUGAAGGUGUUGAAUUAUAAUGAAGCAGUUGAGAUGGUUUUUCAAAGUACCAAUUUGGUGGAAGGCGCAGGGCUUCAUCCAAUGCAUUUGCAUGCCUAUGUGGUUGGAUCAGGUCCUGGGAUCUAUGACAAUGUAACCGACCCAAAAAGUUUUAAUCUGGUUGAUCCGGUUGAAGUGAAUACUUUCGGAGUUCCUAAGGAAGGAUGGCUUGCGAUUAGAUUUGUGGCAAACAAUCCAGGCAUCAUACACACCAAAAUGGAUGUUGAGGAUAACGUGGAUUCUCCCAUACCAAAGACUCCCUUGAUAUAA